AUGUCAGGAGAUCAGAUGAUCUCUGGACCUUUUCAUAAUCGUGGUGUUAACGUAUUUGAGAAUUGCAUGUCUAAGGAAACCUGUCAAGCAUCUAAUCACAAUUUUUUGACUCCUUCAUUUGGUGGAUAUGAAUUUUUAUUCUUGAAUGCAGGAACAGAAUAUAUUUUUUUGUAUUUCAUCUUUCCUUAUUUUGACUCUACAUAUUUUGCUGUUUAG